ACGCUGCCAUGGCGGUCGCUGCUACUUCGUUACUACCGUUGGUAACAAGUCUGUACGACGUGCAGGCUUUCAAGUUUGGGAACUUCUUGCUGAAAAGUGGGCUCUCCUCACCAGUCUACAUCGAUUUGCGGGGCAUCGUUUCUCGACCACGUCUUCUGAGUCAGGUUGCAGAGAUUUUAUUCCAGACUGCCCAGAAUGCAGAGAUCACUUUUGACACUGUCUGUGGAGUGCCUUACACAGCUUUACCAAUGGCCACAGUGAUUUGUUCAACCAACCAAAUCCCAAUGCUUAUUAGAAGGAAAGAAACUAAGGAUUAUGGUACUAAGCGCAUGGUGGAAGGAGCUAUUAAUCCGGGAGAAACUUGUUUGAUCAUUGAAGAUAUUGUCACCAGUGGAUCUAGUGUUUUGGAAACUGUUGAGGUGCUUCAGAAAGAGGGCUUGAAAGUCACAGAUGCCAUCGUGCUCCUGGACAGAGAGCAAGGUGCCAGGGAAAUACUGGAGGCGCAUGGGAUUCGCCUCCACUCCGUGUGUACGUUGUCCAAGAUGCUGGAGAUUCUUGAGCAGCAGAAGAAAAUUGAUGCUGAGAUGGUCGGCAGGGUGAAGAAAUUCAUACAGGAGAAUGUGUUUGUGGCUUCUAAUCUUAAUAGUUCCCUUCCAUCUGUAAAGAAAGCACCCAAAGAACUCAGCUUUGGAGCCCGAGCAGAGCUGCCUGGAAUCCACACGACUGCAUCGGGGCUUCUCCGGCUAAUGGAAAAGAAGGAGACCAAUCUCUGUCUGUCGGCUGAUGUUUCAGAGGCCAGAGAGCUGUUGCAGCUAGCAGAUGUUUUAGGACCCAGCAUCUGUAUGCUCAAGACUCACGUUGAUAUUUUGAAUGAUUUUACUCUGGAUGUAGUAAAGGAGUUGACAACUCUGGCCAAACGUCAUGAGUUCUUAAUAUUUGAAGACCGGAAAUUCGCAGACAUCGGGAACACAGUCAAAAAUCAGUAUGAAGGUGGUGUCUUUAAAAUCGCUUCCUGGGCAGAUCUAGUAACUGCUCAUGCGGUGCCAGGCUCUGGAGUGGUGAAAGGCCUGAGAGAAGUGGGCCUGCCUUUGCAGCGGGGGUGCCUGCUGAUUGCAGAAAUGAGCUCCGCUGGCUCCUUGGCCACUGGGAAGUACACGGAAGCAGUGGUUAGAAUGGCUGAAGAACAUUCUGAAUUUGUGAUAGGUUUCAUUUCCGGCACCCGAGUAAGCAUGAAACCAGAAUUUCUUCACUUGACUCCAGGAGUUCAAUUAAAAGCAGGAGGGGAUAAUCUUGGCCAACAGUACAACAGCCCACAAGAAGUUAUUGGCAAGCGAGGUUCUGAUAUCAUCAUUGUGGGCCGAGGGAUUUUAACAGCGUCUAAUCGUCUGGAAGCAGCGGAGAUGUACAGAAAAGCUGCUUGGGAGGCUUACUUGAGCAGACUUGGUGUGUGA